AUGGAUCCGAAAGCGGUGGCAUAUUGCGGCUCGACGGUCAGCCUCGCCGUCGUCUUCACCACUCUGCUCGUCUGCUGGAACGCCGUCAACGACCUCAACCAGCUCCACGACGACUCCAUCCGUGGCAUGGCUCAUUUUAAGGUACUUUUCACACCUUUUUUUUGUUUAUUUUAGUUGAUUUUCUCACAAGGAAGCUAGUCAUUCCUUUGGUACUUUUUUUGUAUAAUGGAUAACGACUUCUUCUAAAUCAAAUUGUGGCAGAAAACCCGGUUUUCUUCUUCUCAUUCUAAGGUACUCUGCCAUAAGAUUUUCUCUUUUUUUAAUUUUUUUACUGUCAUACAAGCUCAUCUCCCGCAAGCAAGCCAAUCAUUCUAUCAUUACUUACAAAAAAAUCGAUUUUUAAAUUAUUUCAAGUCAAACUUUGACCAAGAUCAGCGUUUUUCUGACUCCUUUAUCCUUCCUAAUUUUCACUCACCUUUUUCCAAAAUUUAAUUUCAAUUUUUUUCCCUCUGGAAGCCUGGAAGUUGCAAAUUCAGCAUCGGAAGGAAAAUAGUAGUCUCAAGACUUGAGCCAUUAAUUCUCUCAAACAAACCCGCUUCAGGAUCUCACCGACAAAACCUGGGACACGAUGCUGUUCAAGAGCGGCCGUCCGAACGUCUCCGAGUCGGCGCCACUUCUUCGGAAGCUUCAUCAGCGGCCGAGGCAAGCGUCAAGCCGACAAGUGCCAAUGCGGCGAGCAGCCGUCCAAAUGCCCCUCCGGUCCUCCUGGCGAGAAAAGGGUACUCCCGGACACGACGGCGAGCCUGGCGACGACGGAAUUCCCGGAUUCCCCGGCUCUCCAGCUUCGGUUCAGUCGGUCAGCGCCGACGCCGGCUGCAUCCAGUGUCCAGCCGGACCAGCAGGACGACCCGGACCAAGCGGCGACGCCGGACCACCAGGAAACCCCGGAGAGGACGGACAGCCGGGAGAAGUCGGCAAGGACGGUAAUCCAGGAAAUGCGGGACCAGCCGGACCGCCAGGAAAGCCCGGAAAGCCAGGAGCGCCAGGAAAGCCAGGACGCGCUGGACAGAAAGGCCGGAAGACGAUCGGAGAGCCAGGACCGCGCGGACCACAAGGACCACCAGGAACUGAUGGACAGCCAGGCAGCAAUGGCGAGCACGGAAGCGACGGAAAGGACGGCGAGCAGGGACCGAAUGGAGCGCCUGGCAAAGACGGAGCCCCUGGAGCUCCAGGACCAGCGGGGCCAGCCGGAGCCGACGGUAUGCCCGGAGGCGACGCCGCCUACUGUCCAUGCCCGCCGAGAAGCAUCAAGAUCCACGACCACGUCGAGCAGGACGCCGCCGUCCACGACGCCAAGCUCGCGACCAGUGUUGGGGAGAAUGCUCCAGGCUAUCGACAGUAAUUAUUUGUGUCUUUUUGGCCAAGAGAAUAAAGAUUUCAGCAUGGCUAAUGGUUUUUUGACUUUUGAAAGGGAAAAGCUGUCUUGAAAAACGAGAAAUUCUGCGAACAAGUUGGUCAAGAGUUGAUUUUCCAUCUUCUGAAAAAUUUUCAUUCCGGAUAAAGAAAAUAUUCAAGUUCUACAUGUGAAAAAAUAGAGAACUUGAAUAAAAACCAUUAGAAAAUCCAGAUUUUCAAAAAAAAAAAUCUGGAUGUCACUGGUUUUUUUAAAGAAUUAUUAAACAGUUUUUUUAAAAAUUUCCUUAUCAUUUUUUUCCGAGAUAAAUUCGUCAUUUUUUUCUCCCUAUUCAUCUCAAAAAUUGACUAGAAGCCCUAAGCCUCUUCUGAAACAUCGCAAGAUGUCUCGUCUCGACAUCCACCCAAAAAAGUAGAAAAUCGGAUCGCCAAAGACCCGGAAAAAGUGGCCGAAAGCCAUCUCCUUUCUUGCGCUAAACUAGCAAAAAAGAAGCAUUGAUUAUCCGCAGAGAUUAAAGAUUCUCCAAGGUGAAACAUACUCGUCGAAGAAAGACGAUUUUGAAGAGGUACUCGAAAGCCGACGAAAGAGGAAGACGGCGUUUUCAAGGGGGGCGCAGUAAAGAUAUCUAACUAGUGUGACUUGGAAGUAGGGUAUAUAAAGAUGGAAGGGGAGAGAAAUCAGAAGGAUAUGAUGAAUAUUCUCCAAGCGAUCGUUGGAAUCGCUUCCGGCUCCAGCGCUCUUAUCAUUUUGGCUGCAAUUUGCUCCGUCGGUUAUAUCUACAACGAUAUCAACAGCUUUGUCGACGAUGCUCAUAAGGAGCUGGAAGAGUUCAAGGUUUUAUUUUCAUUUGAACUGUCUGACGUGUCUGCGCCCUCUUUUUUCUUGUUGGAAAUGUCAAAGGUACAUCAAAAAAGCUCGGAACCACGUCACAGAGAAAGUAGACUUUUCUCCUUGCCAAAGAAUAUUAAUUCAAAAACGUGUCCAAAAAUAUCCAAAGGGCGCAAGUCGCUUUGAGGUCGGGCGAACUUUUAUAUCAACCGCUUCGUAGUAAAGCCAUUCUCAAUGCGGCCAGCUUGAUCCAGCUUUUGAAAAUAAUGUUAAAACUCAACUUUUUUUUUAAUUUUAUAAGAUGACUCUGUUUUUUUGGAUAUGGGGAUUUUGGUAGGAAUUUCUCAUGGAUUUAUACUAACUUAGGAACUCCAGAGUUAUCCCUAUAGGGACAGGCUCAGGGUCCUUGGAGGUUCCCCUCUAGGGACUUCUUUACCUGCAAGGUUUAGUGAAUAUUUAUUUUAUCUAUUCAGCUUCUUAUUUUUUGGGUUGUUCACUAGCAGCAUUAGCCGGAGCCCAUCGAAGCAUUCAAACCAAACAUUUCAAUAUAAAACUUCCUUGAAACUGAAAAACUUCUGCUGAGAAAAUUACAAAGGAACUCCUUCAUCGACUUCUUACAGAUCGACGCCAACGACGCUUGGAACUCGAUAAUCCGUUCCCAGAACGCAGCAGCAGUCCGUCACGUUCGCAGUAUCUUCCGGAAGAAGAAGUACGCCGAGAUGCAGUGUAACUGCGGUCCCCAGUCGAGCAACUGUCCGGAAGGACCGCCCGGGCCUCCGGGACCUUCGGGAGAGCCUGGCGAGGACGGCGAGCCCGGUCCAGACGGCCGGCCCGGCAGCGGAAUGAUCGGCGGUGGGACCUACGAGAGCCGGGAUUGUGUUCAAUGUCCAGCCGGAGCGCCUGGGCCACCAGGUCCCCCAGGUCUAACCGGACCUCCUGGACCGACUGGAAAUCCAGGAGCGAUGGCGGAGAGCGGCAUGGAAGGUCUCUUUUUCAUUCUCAAGCUCCAACCAAAUCUUAUUUUUUGUUUACUCCUACCUAGACUUUAAUAAUUAUCAUUACUGAAGGUCCGCCCGGACUUCCUGGUCCAGCCGGAGAUGACGGAGCUCCAGGAAUGCCAGGAGAGGAUGGAGAGCCAGGAGAAGACGGCCAGUCGACACAACGACAGCUGUGCAAGCCAGGACCGCCUGGGCCGCUUGGGCCAAGUGGUCCGAUCGGAGAGCCUGGUCCAGAUGGGGAAGCAGCGCCGGAAGGCGAGCCAGGCCCUCAAGGACCAAUGGGACCAAUCGGUCCGCCAGGAAAGCCAGGAAACGACGGCGAGUGCGGCCUUCCAGGAGAGACUGGAACUCCAGGAGCUGAUGCGGUGAGUCGAAAAUUCAAAUAUUCUUUUAAUUUUCUGUUCCAGGCUUAUUGCCCUUGUCCAACUCGCAAUUCCGGAUCCGGAGGACCUCCAUCAGCGCAUCCGGUUUCGAAAGUUAAAAUUUCGAAGAAGAAGCGACUCGCCAAAAAACACAAAGCUGUUAAAAAACGUGUCGCAGCCAAAAAACGACUGGUUUCUGUUCGAAAACAUGCCUAAUUUUUUAUUUAACUUCGUGUGAAAUAAAUAAAUAUUUCAUGAUGUCUCACAGAAACGCAAAGAAGUACAAACUCUGUUUUUUUUUUCUCACUUUAAAACCUUGAUGACGCUUGGAAUGACCGAGAAAGGUCUUAAGAAGCAUAUCCAAGCCAUCCCAAAUGCGACCAAUAACAUUUUAAUCGGAUCUAAUGGAGUAUCUUAUAUGAGAAGUGAGUUACUGUCAAAAAAAAAAGCUUUCUGCUUCUCAAGUUCAUCUCAAUAUUAACGUUCUUUGAUUCUGCACGCAACGCAACCGCGACGCUUUUAAGCCAUUCCAAGUGCGACCAACAACUUUUAAAUUGGAUCAAAUGGAGCAUCUUAUAUGAGAUCUGAGGAGCUCAGAGGAAAAAAACUUCAAUAUCUGUUUUUCAAGUUAAUCUUCAACCACGUGAAACGCGACCGCGACGCCUUCAAGCCAUUCCAAGUGCGACCACAGAGUCUCAAGUCAGACCGAUUGAUUCUAGAGAAACUCCGUCAAUUUUCUGACUCCCAAAUCUGCGCCAAGCCUUGA